CAAUAGACUAAAAAGCUUUGACUUUUCACGUUCCACACAAAUAUAUACGUACUUAAUUGUUGGUUUGGGGUUUAAGUCGAUUUAAUGGAGCCGUCGCCGGAAAUCAGUGAUCGUGUAGAAGACGCGGGAACAAUCAACAGCUCCGACUUAACCCAGAACGAGAAUGCUCGAACGACUUCUUCCAUCGAAACCAAUACUGGGAAUUCUUACACGGUGUUCUUGUUUUGGCAUUUAAUCAAGCUUAUCUACACCGUCGGCGAAAUCACGGCGGCGAUAGUCGUGCUGGUGGUGUCGAGACGAAGACACGAGAAGCCACCAGACGGACUCUUUAUUUGGGUUGUUGUCUACGCAGCUAUUUGUGCGGCGAGUCUUCCUAUACUCUUCAAUCGAUACUUCCUUGCAUACCCUAGGCUUUAUAACAUUGUGGACAACUUAAAGUUUGGAUAUGAAAUAAGCUUUGCCAUUUGGUUCGGAGUUGGCAAUUAUUGGAUAUUAGGAGAUCAUUCUUCUUCUUCUUCCAAGGCUCCUAGUUUGUACAGACUCAGCGUUGUAUUUCUUACAUUUGGAUACAUCAAGUACGCAACGCCUUUUUUUCUAUGUUCAAUUGUAUUGUGCCUCCGCGGUCGCCUGAGUGCAAGAAGAGCAGCCCCUACCCAAUGCAUCAACGCUUUGCCUACUUACAAAUUUAAGUUACUGAAAAAUGGUAGUAGCAAUGCAAGGGAUGGUGAGACAAAAAUUGGUGAAGAUGGGGUUGUGGCUGCAGGAACAGAGAGGGAGCGUGUCAUCUGUAGUGACGACGCUGUCUGCUGCAUUUGCUUGGCAAGAUACGAGGAUAGUGAAGAUUUAAAGGAGCUGCCCUGUUCUCAUCUAUUCCAUGGUGUAUGUGUGGAUAAAUGGCUCAUGGUCAGGGCACUUUGUCCAAUCUGUAAACAAAUGGUUCGUGUAAACAAUAGGCAAUCAUCUUCUUCUGGUAACUCUAGUCAAGUAUGAAGCACGGAUAACAAGUUAACAACAAAGAAUGGAGGGAUCUUUUUUCUUUCAUAGAACGGGGAUAACUUUCAGGUAGGGGGUCAUGUACUUCCUCCACCUGUUUCAUCUUUGUGAAUCAAAUUACCUUUGUAUAUAUUUACGUCGCUUACAAAUUAGUGAAUGGUUUGAUUCGAAUUAAAAACUGCUGGCAUGAUUUCGUUAA